UAGGAAAUAUUUCUCAGUCUUGACCCAAACCUGUCCAACGACAGGUGCAGCAGCAAUGUGAUAUUCCUUAAUAAUUAGGCUACUGUGAUAAUCACAUGAUUUUCUGUGUGUAAAAUAGCCUAGGCCUACUCAUCUUUUACCAAGCAUUUUUCUUUUUCUUGCGAAAUUAGAUAUGGAGCCAUACAAAUGACCCAGUAUUGUGAAAGUCACAGCCAUCAUCACUGUAGCAAUAAAAACCGUCGUUACCUACGCCAAAUUCACAGACUCAUACAUUUUGAAUCAACGGGGGUAUCUGAAAUGACGAGGCAGAAUAGUCGAUUAUUUCUACCUGCGGGCAGUGUUGCCAGAUCCGGCCAGAUUUCCCGCCCAAUCUGGCAACACUACCUGCGGGUAAUAACCAGAACCAUAGAGGGGCCGACAGGUGUAUCCGUUGCCUGCGUUGCCGCCCUCGGCUCGUCAUGCUGCACUCCCUCCCUAACUUUGUUUUAAAAUGGCGGCGGCUGGAGCACCGAGACAGGUAGGGUCUGGUGGUGAUGGACAACAACACAAUUCAACUCGAGAUAAGUGACGUUAAAUAACGAACACCGACGCUGAACGGGGUCUAGGAGUCGUAGCCGAAACGCUAUAACGUGCGAAACGGCGGUGAUACGCAAAAGUGAGGCACUUAGGACCGGAUGAUUCACUGUUUGCCUCUACUUGAGGAAGCGGUCGGCGAACAAGUGUAGCCAAAACUGGCGGCGUUUUACAUCAGCAAUCAUACCUGGCUUAUUUCAAGCCUGAUAUUGUUGUUGUUUUUUACCUCAUGGGGUCGAGCAUCACGCCUUCUCCUUCUCACACACAUCCACUACGUGCUGCAGCUGCCGCGAUAAGGCGCCACAGCAUUAGCGGCGGUGAAGGCGGAUUGAUCGGCGGCGCGUCGUCAUGAGCCGACCCGGCGCGUCAGCGGCAGCAGCCCACCUGUAGCACCCCUGGCAUGGCGCACACGACGGAGGGUACCAAGGACCCGCAGGAGAGCCCGAGUGGUGUUUCCGAUGCCCCCAUCAUGGAGAACGGCUCUGCGCUUAAGGACCGUCACCAUGACGACCCCCAGCACCACCACCACCACCACCACCCCCCCUGCCCCCCCGGGACGGACGCCAGCCCCUGCAGCAGCAGCAGCAGCAGCCGCUCCCUGCCCAGCUACCAGCCCUCCCCCUCCUCCGUGCCCCCCUCCCCCACCCCCAUCUACUACAGCAGCCCCCGGCGCCUGAGCCUGGCCGACCCCGACCCCGGCGGGGACCGCCACAGCCUGGCCUCCCAGGACUCGGGGCUCCCCACCCUGGAGGUCAGCCACCCCGAGGCCCACACGUGGCCCUUCGGCUUGCCGCCGCUCCCCGCCGCCACCGACGACUCCCCCGCCACGCUGCCCCUCCACCCGCCCUCCAACGGCGCGGUGCGCAAGUCGUCCACGUUCCCCCGCGGUUGCUACGACGCUGUGGCGCGGGCGGGGCGCGCCGGGCCCCCCAGCGACGGCGGCUCGGUGUGCAGCGCGUCCAGCAUGAGCACGGAGCGCUCCGUCUCCAACGACGACGCGCUGGACUUUGUGGUCGCCUCCGACUCCAGCGUCAUCGUUGCCCUGGAGACGGACGAGAGCUGCGGCAUUCGCCACGACGACGAGAGGGGUGGUGCGGGCGGCGGCAGCCAGUUCUCUGAAGUGUCGCUGUCCUCCCUGGGUGACUUGCCCAGGGAUGUCUGGAGCCCCAACAGGAGGGCAGGGCUCACGCUGGGAGAACCCAGGCAGACCAGACUCGCCCCGCUAGCCAACUUCUUUGCCAGGAGCUUGUUUACUAAGCGGGUGAAGGAGGAGCCGGCAGAGCAGAAGGAGGCCCCUGGAUGGAAUCUGUUUGGCAAGCAACCGCCGCGAGGAGGAGGAGGAGGAGGAGGAGGAGGAGGAGGAACCAUCAUCUCUGCCCGGGACCCCCGCAGAUCCCAGCAGGAAUGUGAAACGGAGAGCAGCAGAGGAGGACCCGUCAGCCCCCCAUCCCCCCGGCAGAACGUCAGGAAGAGCCUGGCCUUCGAGCCCCUCUCCACCACCGCCCUCAUCCUAGAGGACAGACCCCCUAACUUGCCUGCCAAGCCAGCUGAGGAGGCCCUGAAGCACCGGCAGCAGUAUGAGGAGAUGGUGGCUCAGGCAAGAAGAGGGCUGAAGGAGGCGCAGAAGCGGAGGAAGCAGCAGGAGCAGCGCUGUAAGCUGGAGGAGAGCAUCGGGACGGCGGUGCAGACCUGGAACCAGGACAUCCUGCCCAACUGGACCACCAUGUGUACCACUCGGCGGGUGAGGGACCUGUGGUGGCAGGGCGUGCCCCCCAGCGUGCGCGGGAAGGUGUGGAGCCUCGCCGUGGGCAACGAGCUCAACGUCACCCACGAGCUGUACAACAUCUGCCUGGCCCGGGCCAAGGAGAAGUGGAAGUCCCUGCCCACACCCAGCUCCCACACAGAGCCUGAAGACCUGGGCUCGUCGGACCGGGAGUCCAGCCUGGAGCUGAUCAAGCUAGACAUCUCCAGAACCUUCCCUCACCUCUGCAUCUUCCAGCAGGGUGGGCCGUACCACGAUGUGCUCCACAGCGUCCUCGGAGCGUACACCUGUUACCGGCCAGACGUGGGCUAUGUGCAGGGCAUGUCGUUCAUCGCGGCGGUGCUCAUCCUGAACCUGGAGACGGCCGAUGCCUUCAUCGCCUUCUCCAACCUGCUCAACAAGCCCUGUCAGAUGGCCUUCUUCAGGGUGGACCACAGCCUGAUGUUGACCUACUUCGCGGCGUUUGAGGUGUUCUUUGAGGAGAACCUACCAAAGCUCUUUGCACAUUUCAAGAAGAACAGCCUGACCCCUGACAUUUACUUGAUAGACUGGAUCUUCACGCUGUACAGCAAGUCUCUGCCCCUGGACCUGGCGUGCCGCGUGUGGGACGUGUUCUGCCGGGACGGCGAGGAGUUCCUGUUCCGCACGGCGCUGGGGCUGCUGCACCGCUACCAGGACGCGCUGCAGGGCAUGGACUUCAUCCAGAUGGCCCAGCUGCUGACCCGGCUGCCCGACCUGGUGCCCGGGGAGCAGCUGUUCCAGCACAUCGCCGCCGUGCACAUGACCUGCCGCGCCGGGAAGUGGCCGCAGGUCCUGCAGACCCUCCAGAAGGACCAGGAGCGGUCCAGCCCCGUCCUGAGGCGCUGACCCCCCCCAGGCCCGCGCUUUGUUCCCGCUCCUGCACUCUCUAAAGGGACUUGACCCCUGCUCUGUCCCACCGCCGGGGGGGGGGGGUGCGCUGCUGCCCGACCGCCAGCCCCGCCCACUGACUCGUGAGGGACAAGGGCCCGGACCCCCCCCCCAGUGGGACCCUAGGAGCCCUGGGCUGGGCUGGGUGGGGCUGGGGGUGGACCUACGGGGUGCUGAGCCGUUGGUUGGAGGCUGGGGUGCUGUGAGGGAGGGUGGGGGGAUUGGAUCCCGCCGGCCCACUGGGCAAGCCGAGGUCUGGUGGCGGAGGCCCCCCUGACUCUGGAGCCCUCCCCCGGGUGGAAAGGGCGCCCUGAAUGUAUCGUGCCCUCUCCCACAUCCCCUGCUGGAGGAACCUCCCUCCUCACCCCCGGAGACCCAGAACUCAAGCAGAACCCUUCCAGCGGUCCACCUUAUUGAUCUACCACCCCCCCCCCCUACUCUCUGCUUACAUAUCUGUCUCUCUCUCUCUCUCUCUCUCUCUCUCUCUCUCUCUCUCUCUCUCUCUCUCUCUCUCUCUGUCUCUGUCUCUGUCUGUCUGUCUCCCUCUCUGUCUCUCUCUGUCUCUGUCUGUCUGUCUGUCUCCCUCUCUGUCUCUCUCUCUCUGUCUGUCUCUCUCUGCCUCGGUCUGUCUCGGUGUUUGGUAGAUAAUAUAACAUGAGGAAGGGCGGUGCGGUGCGAUUGCACUUGUGGCUGGAGCUCUGCAGGCGCUGAGCGUGUUGCACGCGGGUGAGAUGGAGGAGAUGAAGAAUUCCUCUGGAUCUCGCUCUUGGUCUCUCUAUUUCUCUCUUGAUCCCUCGCUCUCUCCCAGCUCCGCCCUAAAUUCUGUGUUUCUCUUCAAAUUGCUUCCAACUCCCUGUCUUCCCUGUUCUGUUGAACUGUUGUGUGUUUGGUUUGGUUUGUUGUGUGUCCUUUUUUGUUUUAUUUAUUAAUUUCUGCAUCCCUUUCCAUGGAGUUAAAGCGCUGGUCCUUUGGACCAGCCGGCUGCUAACUGUAUUUAUGAAGUUAAAACACAACAACGGAAGACUGUAGAUGAACAGAAGUACUUUGCUGUAACUUGACACCGAACCCCCCCUCCCGCCUCCUUCCCCCCCCCUUGCUCGUUGAUAAUUUAAAUAUUUUAGUAACACGUGUUCCGUCAUUCCUUUCACCAAAAAAUAAAUUAUGUCCGGUUUCUUUUUAAAAGACGUAUUUAAGUUUAAGCAAACCACCAUCGGAUUAAACAGAUCCAUGUCAGCAGCCAUUACGACUGUGUUGUUCCCCUGUGUCUUUGGACGGUACAUUUCAGCUGUCCCGUAAGUCUCGGGUGUGUGUUGAGUGACUUGGGUCGAUUUGAAACGUUCAAUGCCUUAAGACUGGGAAACGGAAUCGCUGGCAUUGGGAUGCGGUUUGCUCUGAAAACGGUUAUUCUAGAAUGGUCUAGAAGCCUUGGAACUUUUAGAAUGUAGACCAUUUGUAAUGCGUCUGUAUGUCUGAACCCCCCGAUCCACUCAUUCACCUAUUUCACACCGGGCGUGUUUGUGGUCUCAAAGAGUGUUGCGUACAAUCAACCCUAGGCUUAGUGUUUUUGUUCAGUUAGGAUGUGGGAUUACUUUUUAAAGAUUUAAAUUGUACAGGUUGUGUUCUUGUCCAUGUUGCUCCCGAUCAGCCAGGGGUCAGAUAAUCGCCACAUUCCUUAGUCAAUGAAUCCAUCUAAACUAAAAUAUAACGAUUAUGUGCUUCUAUAUUUAAGAUUGAGAUUAAUCGUUAACCUACAUUUCCGUCUUUCCGUUUAAACAAGUCACCAUUUGCGUUGACUUGACCAUGGAUCUUAAAUGAAAACUACCUAUCAUACAACAAACUAAGGCAGACUUACAAUUGUUAAUGUUGGUGUGUUUUACUCGACUGCAGAACUUUUAUCUUCGGAUUUGGCCGUGCCGAACUCGACACAGAACGGUUUUAAAGUUUUAAUGAGUGACCCAUUUUUGUUUGUUUGUUUUAUGCUGCCGACCAACUAAGACGUAUGGUCUAUCUUACCUCAAGAGAAAAAUAAUUAGUUUUUAUUAUUUUGCACUCCUUCCCACCAGCGACCAUCAGUCCAUCCAACCUUUUGCACACCUGCCUAUUACAUUUGUGCCUCGCAAUCCACGAAAUGUCCCCGAUGGUGUGUGUGUGUGUGUGUGUGUGUGUGUGUGUGUGUGUGUGUGUGUGUGUGUGUGUGUGUGUGUGUGUGUGUGUGUGUGUGUGUGUGUGUGUGUGUGUGUGUGUGUGUGUGUGUGUGUGUGUGUGUGACAUAAUUUAAAGAGUCUCUCAUUGAUAUAGUGAGCUUGCUGUUCGGUUACUGAAUGUGACAAAAGGGGGCACUGAAAUUAAUCAAGCUAUUGAAUAGAUGUCCCAUGACUGAGCAGGCCUACUGCACAUGCUUCUCCCUACAGAACCAUCAACGGUCAAAGAACCUUGUAAUGCAGACAGGAAGUCCAGGGGCGGGACCUUCCAGUGCCCCUUAUUGUACCCCCAUGCACUCUUGACAGGUGUGUGGAAACGACCACUUCAAGGCGUUUGUGGUCGUCUCUGAGAGUAGGCUUUCAUUGUGUGGUUUGUAUGGACGAUGACAACAAUGUUGGACCAUGUCCCACUUGAAGUGUAAUAUAGAACUGUUUUUAUUUAAUAAAGAGCUGUACAUAUUCGACAUUGGAA